AUGGGCAAUCAGACAGUCUUUUCUGGAUUUAUCCUUUCAGGUUUCUCUGUCAGUGCAGAAUACCGAGGCAUUCUCUUUCCCGUUUUCCUAUCCAUGUAUCUGCUGACUAUGCUGGGAAAUGUGCUUAUUGUCCUGCUCAUCUGCUCUGAUCCUCAUCUCCUUUCUGCUCCCAUGUACUUCUUGGUGGAUGUCAUUGUUCCCAAGAUGCUGGAGACCUUUGGAGACUCUGGAAGUGCAGACAUCUCCUCCAGGGGCUGCCUAACCCAGAUGUAUUUCUUCAUUGCCUUUGCCAAUAUUGACAGCUUCCUUCUGGUUUCCAUGGCAGAUGACCGGUAUGUGGCCACCUGCCAUCCAUUGCACUAUGCCACUCUACUGAGUCAUAAACACUGGCUCUUGUUAGUCGCAGGCUCCUGGGGUCUCCCCAAUGUUUACUGCUUGUUCCACACUCUUUUGACCAACCAGCUCUCCUUCUGUGGUCCCUGGGAGGUUUCCCACUUCUUCUGUGACACUUGUCCUCUAUUGCAUCUCUCUUGCUCUGACACUCAUUCUGCCCAAAUUGGUUGCAUGCUGGUGAUGACUCCAUUUUUCUACAUCCUGCUGUCCUACAUCUGGGUUGUAGGUGCCAUGCUUAAGGUACCUUCAGCAGCUGGAAAGAGGAAGACUUUUUCCAUCACUGUCAUGACCCUCUUCUAUGGCAGCAUCAUUGGAGUCUGCUUCCAGCCAUCCUCCACCUCCUCAGGUGGGAGGAGGCAGGUAGCCACUGUUGCAUACACUGGUCACCCCAUGCUGAACCCUAUCAUCUACAGCCUGAGAAACCAUGAGAUGAAGGCAGCCAUGAAAAGGCUCUUCAGUCAGCUUGGACUGGUGACCACAGGCACUUCAGCUGAACAGUGGGUUGCUAAAUGA